CAUGACCUUUCCCACGUUUUUGGCACAGAAUCCUGACCAGUGUCUGAACAACUGACUGGCAACAGCACCAUGCGGCGAACUAGCUCAAUACCUAGCGCGUUGUUUCGUAUUUCAGGGCGCCCGUACGCUGUCGCGGCAGUGGAUAAUUUCCCUCAAGCUCACGUUGAGCUGGGACGUAUAUUCGCUCCACGAAAAGCUCAACUGCAUGCCGAAUACUCGCGUUUGAUCACAGAAAACUCCGUUAUCCUCUUUCUAAAACACUCUAAUUUCUCCCAGUCAGCGAUGAACAAAAUAAGACAGGAUAUUACCGCAUUGACCGUGGACAGAAAGUCGCCUUCAUCGGGGCUAAAUUUUACCGUCAUACGACCUGGAAUUUUUGGCGCAUCGUUAAGAACGCGGUACCCAUCACAUUUAUUGGAACGAUUCAAGGAGCAGAUGGGAGGCCCAUUUGCAGUCAUCACUUCACCCGAACUCAACCCUCCGCAACUUGCCAAAGCUAUCCGUCUCAUUGACCGAGCCAUUCCUCCAUUACGCGACGAAGACGCUGCGAAACCGAAAAAACCAAUAUCUCCGGAUGAUAUCGAAGAUGCGCCGCCAAAAGUCAAGGUGCCUCCCCGUAUCAAAUUGGUUGCUGCAUUCGUAGAAGGGCGUUUCAUGCUGACAGAUGAACUGGGCACAGUCAGCCAACUUCCAACGUUGCAGACCUUGCAUGCACAGAUUGUUGGGCUACUUAGUGCUCCGGGCUCCCAGCUAGCGGCAGUAUUAAAUGCCUCGGGUGGCGGUUCCCUCCUGCGAACAUUACAGGGAUAUCAAAAGGGUUUAGAGAAAUUGGAGAAGAGUGAUUCCAAUAACGAUGGCCCAGAAUCGAAGUAGAGGAAGUGAUUGAACCAUUGCAUGUUGUGAACUAAUGAUAAUAAUAAAUAUGUAAUAAAUAUUAUCUAGAUGCCAGCCCUUCCAGCAUAUCAUUCAGAAUCCGUACUACUCUUCCAACACCUUCCUCCACAGCCUUCUGAUG